AUGGCUUCCUCCGUACCUAUCCAAAUCGCGGAGACGAUACAGACCGCCCACAUCAACCGGGCACCAUCCCCUAGCCACGACCUCAAUCCCUCCACAGCCGCCUCCGAGAAGGAGCCAGUAACAUUAGAGCCCGUUCCGACCCAUGACGACCUUGACGAUGACGAACUCGACGACUAUAUCCCCCGCAGCGUGGUAAGCCCGAAGCAGCGCACAGCAAGGCUUCCGCCCAUGCCCGACCUGCGCUUCGAGCAGAGCUACCUCAACAGCAUCUCCAAGGCCGACACAUGGGGGCGGGUGGCGUGGAUCACUGCCAGGGACCAGGUGAUGAUGCCGCUUGUCCAGGGUGUCGUCUAUAACUUGUUCCUCAUUGGCUGGCAUCACUGGAACAAGAACGCGCAGGUCCAUGGCAGCUCAAUAGGUGCGAGGGUUCGGAGAUGGUGGUAUGGCGUGAACAACUGGCAGCUGCCUCCGCAGAAGAGUUCAAAUUGGAGAACAGCCUUCUCAAAGAAGGAGUUGUGA